GCCAUUCAGCAGUUUGUAAGCGUAUUCGAUACAGUUAACACGACGUAUCAUUUUUUAUUUGUAAAAUCGGCGUGUGCAUUUGUUUACGAAAUAAGUGCAUCAUACUUCCUUGGAUAAAAGACGAAAAAGUGCAAAGACUAGUGUACAAGUUUGGUGUCAUCGGUUUUCUAAUUAGAUUUUCCUCUGUUUCAAGAUGGGCUAAUCUGUUCUGAAGUCGAUUAAGAAUAAAACACAGACACUUGAUUGCAAUAAGUGAACAAGAGGCGAAGAAAAAAUCGGCUAUAAUCAUGUAUUCUAUGAACUACAUCGGUACGUUCUUCAAGAAGUUCUACAAUGAGAUAAACAGUGCGACGUUGACGGGGGCCAUCGACGUGAUCGUGGUGGAGCAGCCCGAUGGCAGCUUCACGUGUUCCCCGUUCCACGUGCGCUUUGGAAAACUGGGCGUGCUCCGUUCCAGAUUUAAAGUGGUAGACCUCGAGCUCAACGGAGAGCCCCUCCCGAUUCAUAUGAAGCUAGGUGAAUCUGGUGAGGCGUUCUUUGUGAUGGAAGUCGGUGAAGAUGAGGCUGAAUGCUCAGCGCAUUUGGCUACAUCGCCGAUACCGGCCAAUCGUUUCGACGAUCUCUAUGAACCCCGCCGUAGGAACUCGCUGUCCGUUGUGGAACCCGACCAUGGACAAGCAUCCGAUUACACCAAAAGGAGGUACACAGCAGACGGCAAAACGAUGCAGAAACCUGACUUAAGUAAACAUUCAAAGAAAAAUACCAAAGAAGAUAGUAACAGAAACGACGAAAACGAAGCAUUAUUUGAGAUGGAUGGUCUCAAUGAAACCACUGACUGGACAGAUUCCAAACCAAAGACAUUUUCGGCGACGCAGCUCGGUGCCGGCACUGAAGCGAGCCAAACUGUGCAAAAAAUUAGCGAGACCAAUGACUUUAGACCUAUCGACGUCAUACCCACAAACCAAGAAGAUACGAAACAAAAUGGAAAUGGCAAGAAGAAGAAGAAAACGCGGAAAGUUAGCUCUAAGAAAAAACAUCAAAGGAAGUCCUCUACCAGCUCGAUUUCAAGCCAGUCUGAAGUCACCGGCUCGGAGCUGCGCGCCUCACAGCCUACCGCCAUUCCAAAUACCACCGAUAUUAAUUUCUUUAGCGACUCCGAAGCUGCCGCUCUCAAUGAAGAGAUGUCAAAUAUGAAGCUGAAUGGUGAAAACCGCAUACCAUUGGCGUUGUCUGAUACAGCGUUCGAGGUGCACGCUGCCUCCAGACAUACGAAAGGAUCUCGUCACGGCACGCCCGUGCAAUCGGACACUGAAGUGGAACUGGCGCGCACCACAUCCGGUGACAAGUCGUCCCAGUCUUGGCGCUGGGGCGAACUACCGGAACCACCGAUUCGAGGAACACAAGUUGUGGAGACUCCAGAAUCGCCAGCCUCUCUAGCGUCACCAAUAGAGCCAGCUUCUCCCACAGAACCGCUCAGUUCUGAUGAGGAAAGACACGGGCGGCGCGGAGUUCUCAGCGGAAUGUUCAGAUUCAUAUCCUCAAAGGAAGCCACCGAACCGGGCGUAGAAGGCGUCUACCUCGACGAUCUGGACAAAGGAGAAGUCGAUCCGGACAUUUACUUUCCCAAACAUCAUGCGGGCCGAUACAGAACGGGUACAACAGGCGCGGCAUGUCCCACAGAGGAGGAGUACGAGUCGGGCAACGGUCCGUCGCUGCCGCAGUCGCCCGCUUCGCCCGCCUCGCUCGAACCGGCCGCGCUUGACUCGGACGACGAUGAAAAACUGCUUGCCAAGGGGUGCGUGGAAGUGUACGCGCGGGAGGGCGCGGUAUCGCACGCGCUGUCGUACGAGGAGUUCUGCGCGGCGGGCGGGCGGCUCGCGGCGGAGGGCCGGCUGGAGGUGCGGCUGGCGGGCCGCCGCCUGCCCUGGCGCAGCGCCGGCCCGCUGAUGCUGUCGCUGCUCGCGUACCGGCGCCCGCUGCCGGCGCGCGUCAUGGAAUCACUAGAGAAGGAUGACAAAGAAGUGCCCGAGUCACAGCGCGCAGACGCAGCCAAGCCCAGGUCUUACUCCUGGUGGUAUUGGAGAAGAUCCACCUCCGAUUCCAAGAGAACUGAACCAUCACCCAAAGACGAGUUAAAGAAUGCUUCAUUGCCACCAUUGAAGAUAGAAACCACGGGACAUGAUCAAGUUGACCAUUUCACUGAUGAGAAACUAGAAGAGAACAACCUUGAAGAAACCAAUAUUGUUGAGGAAAUACAAGCCGAUGAUUUAAUUGAAAGUAGCGCUAACCAAGAACUAUUGGAUGACAAACCGAUGUUUAAUCAAGGUGAUCGUCUUGACCAAAGCUCGUCGGAUUCCGAUCAAGACACACAACAGGGCUCUCGACGACCUUCCACAUUCCGCAAAACAUUGCGACUAUCGUCUGAACAAAUUAAAAAGCUGAACCUCCGCGAGGGCAUGAACGAGAUGGUGUUCAGCGUGACGACCGCGUACCAGGGCACCACGCGCUGCAAGUGCAACGUGUUCCGCUGGCGGUACGACCACAAGAUCGUCAUAUCCGACAUCGACGGCACCAUCACCAAGUCUGACGUAUUAGGUCACAUUUUCCCCUUGGUCGGAAAGGACUGGGCGCAGUCUGGCGUUGCACAGUUGUUCACUAAAAUCAAGAACAAUGGCUACCAGCUACUGUACCUGUCGGCGAGAGCUAUUGGACAAGCUGGGGUAACCAGAGAAUACCUGCGCUCGAUAAAGCAAGGCGAAGUGUGUCUACCCAAUGGACCCUUACUACUCAACCCUACGUCGUUACUACGAGCCUUCCAUAGAGAAAUCAUUGAGAAGAAACCUGAAGAGUUCAAGAUUCAAUGCCUCGCUGAUAUUAAAGCGCUUUUCCCCACCGGAUCUAACCCCUUCUAUGCUGGAUAUGGAAAUAGAGUUAAUGACGUGUGGGCGUACCAAGCCGUCGGCAUUCCCAUAGUGAGGAUAUUCACAAUCAACUACAAGGGCGAACUCAAACAUGAACUGACGCAGACAUUCCAAUCCACGUACUCACACAUGAGUGUGCUAGUGGACCAAGUGUUCCCGCCAGUGCUGUGCGAGCCGACCGACGAGUUCUCGCAGGCGGUGUACUGGCGCGAGCCGCUGCCCGACAUUAUACUACCCGCUGUUACAACAACACCUACUAAGACAUAAAAAAUGUAAAACCUCUUUAUGAAAUAAUAAACAUGGAUUUGUGCAAUAAUGGAAUUGCCAGGAGCGAUUUUGUAUCUGAUUUUGAAUUUUCAGCUCAAUUUAGCUGGUUAUGUUAUAAUUUUGUUGGAAGCGGAUGGAACAUGAUCAGUUUUGAUGUAAGGUCUAAUUUUGUUUGUGAAAGGCAAAAUAUGUCACUUGUUUGUGAGCAGCUCGCAAUAGCUCUUACAGUACAAUUAUUACAAAUGUGUCAUUUAUGGAUUUAUAUACCGGGUAAAAUAGAAUAAAUAGAAGUUUGGCGAUAUAACAAUAAAGGCUAUAGAUUAAUUAGUAAUAUUAGGGUCUGAUCUGUGCAUAGUGUUACCUUUACAAAUAUGAAAUGAUAAACUCAAUACAUACCAAACAUAAACUCAGCUUUUCUGUUGAAUUAUAUUUUUAGUUCCUAUUACGAAAAUUAUAAAGUCGACGUAAUUAAACUUGUAGAGUUACUACUAGUUUUACGAUUGCAUUUCUAGAAAUUUUGAUUGAAAUAUAUAAGCGUGUCCCAGAAAACAAUGUUAAUAAUUUAAUUGUAGAAAUAAAAUACGAAUUGAAAAAUAACUCACUUUAUCUAGUACUUUUAGUAAUUAGUUCCUAAACAGACCUUGGGCUAUAAUAUUAAACGCUGGAAAUAGGUAACCUUAUAUUUUUUUCUACCAGAGUACUUUGACAAAUACUGAUAUAUUCUACAAAAGUACCGGCGCUAUAAUAAUUCUAACGACGUUUUUGAUAAACCUAGAAUUCAUUCAUAGCUGAUUAUUCUUAGCAGGCUGUGAUAUAAGGGUGAUCUCGGCUUGAAUGUCACUCAAUAAGGGUCGCUUUGAACUAACUCAUACUAUAAAUAUAAUACUAUUUAGUUAAACAAGGUAAUUUAAUUGAAAGACAUUCUAAAUGGAUAGACUUUUUAAUGCAAUUUUUGUGUAAUGUACCAUGUAUGUAACCAAUACGUAGUUUUACAAAUAGUUGAAUAGAAAUAUUCUUGUGGCGUAACGUUCAUAGUUUUCAUUCAAGCACCGCUUUGUAAGCGAAUAAACGCAAAUAUCGCGUAGAUGUUCGAUGUGUAGAACUUUUAAAAUCAGUUAAUGUCGUCACUCUGUGUGUAUCUUAUAAUUAAAAUUUAAAUAACGUUUUGUAGAUGGAACGUGUAGCUAAAUGUCAUAAUAUGCAUCUCAAAGACUGUAACAUAGUCGCUAUGAAAUUGUUAUAUUUUGCUGGGUGUAUGAGCUGUGAUGUUGUCGGAUGAUGAAGCAAUGCUUUACUUUUGUACUGUGAUUACCUAUUUAUAUAUAAGUUAUGUUAAUGUAAAACACAAGUGCACAUUUCAAAUUUGUCCCACUCAGGCAAAGCCGUUGAUGAUUUUAUUUUUGUAAUUCAAUUGAUUUUUGUUAGAAUACUGAUAUUUUUUGUAAAAAUUUAAGUUACUUUGAUAUUGUAUGUAUAGAAAACAAAUGGACACCUGUUUUAUGUAUUAUUUUUCUAUUAUCUUUAAUUUAUUUUUGUCAAUAAUGAAAAAUGGUAGUAAUUAAUGAUUUCAACAAUAAAAUCAAUAUGCUUCGUAUAAAGUAUAUUUUGUUGACACAGA